AUGUCCGUUUCCAAACUCUUCCAGCCUAUCCAAGUCGGCAACCUCACACUGAACCACCGUAUGGUGCUUGCCCCGCUGACGCGAAACAAAGCGUCGGAGAAAGGACAUGUUCCAUACGUUUCCGUCGUGAAGGAGUACUACUCGCAGAGAGGUAGUGAUCCUGGCACGCUCCUCAUCACGGAAGGAACCUUCAUCGCCCAUAAAGCUGGAGUUUUCAAAUAUGCGCCCGGCCUGUGGACACAAGAACAGCUAGACGCGUGGAAGGAGGUAACCGACGCCGUCCAUGCCAAGGGCAGUUUCAUCUUUUGCCAGCUCUGGGCCUUAGGACGUGCGGCAGACUGCUCCGCUCUCCAAGAGGAAGACCCUUCUCUUGAUCUCGUUGGUCCCUCCCCAAUCAAAAUUAUCAACUCUUCCGAUACCCCGCGCGCGCUCACUAUCGAUGAAAUCCACGAGUAUCACCAACUUUACGCACGUGCAGCCUCUGAUGCUGUGAACAAGGCUGGUUUUGAUGGUGUCGAAAUCCACGGUGCGAAUGGAUACCUCGUCGACCAGUUUCUACAGGACGUGUCCAACCAGCGUACGGAUGAAUACGGAGGGAGCAUUGAGAACCGUGCUCGAUUUGGGUUAGAAGUUAUCGACGCAGUUGUCAAAGCUGUUGGUGCGCAGCGUACAGCCAUUAGAAUGAGCCCGUGGUCGACAUUCAUGGACAUGGGCAUGAAGGACCCCGUCCCCACUUUCUCGUAUUAUGUCUCCCAGAUCAAGGAGAGACACUCGGACCUGGCGUAUAUCCAUCUUGUAGAACCGAGGGUUACGGGCAUCACGACCAGGAGCCUCGAUGAGAUAGAUGCACGCGAGUCAAAUGACUUUAUACGCGACAUAUGGGCGCCGAGACCACUCAUCUCAGCAGGGGCAUAUACUAGAGAAAGUGCGAUGGAGACUGCUGAUACCAAAGGAGAUAUAAUUGCGUUUGGGCGAUAUUUCAUUUCGAAUCCGGACAUCACUGUAAAACUGAAGAAGAACUGGCCCCUGACGCCGUAUAACCGUUCGACGUUCUACUUGACCGGAGAAGUAGCCACAGGAUAUAUAGACUAUCCCUUUUCUUCUGCUGAAUAG